AUGCCUAUUCCCUCCCUCCCCCUCUUCGCUGCGGCGGAGCAGCACGCCCGCAACCCCGAUAAGAUCGCCGUCAUCGACACCACCAAGCAACAAUCAUUCACAUACGUCCAAUUACUAGCAGACGCCGCGGGAUUGAGGAAGCGCAUACUCGAGGAACUCAGCCUAACAGCAUCAGGAGAUCUAGAGGACCGGCGCAUUGCGUUCUUGGUGCCGAACGGCUACGAUUAUGUCGUCACGCAAUGGGCCGUGUGGGCGGCAGGUGGCAUCUGCGUACCACUGUGCACAAGUCACCCCGUGAAGGAAUUGCUCUACACGGUGGGAGACUCAGACCCCGCGCUGAUCAUCGUCCACCCACACUUCGAGAAAAUCGCCCCAGCGCUGCGCGAUGCCUGUCCAGCCAAUAUCCCAUUCAUGGGCCUGGAGCCACUAUCUCGCAAUGAUGCGCCAACCCUCCCUACGUUCUCGCCGCCCUUUGCCCUCACCCGCCCCGCCCUGAUGAUCUAUACCUCCGGCACGACCUCGAACCCCAAAGGCUGCGUAACCACACACGAGAACAUCACCUUCCAAGCAAGCUGUCUCGCCAAAGCCUGGGAAUACAGUCCCUCAGACCACUUGAUCCAUGUCCUGCCCCUCCACCAUGUCCACGGCAUCAUCAACGGCCUAGCGGCCAGCUUCCUCAGCGGCACGACGGUCGAAAUGCACCCCAAAUUCGACCCCAGCGUCAUCUGGCAGCGGUGGCAGGAUCGCGGCUCGACUAUGUUCAUGGCCGUCCCGACCAUCUACUCCCGAUUGAACGAUUACUUCGAAGCACACCUCCGCGGCACGGAGCGCGAAGCUGCCGCGCGGGCUGGCGCGCGCGCUCUACGACUCGUCGUUAGCGGCUCUGCGGCACUGCCGACGCCGAUUAAGUCGAAGUUUGCGGAAAUCACCGGGCAGGUCCUGCUGGAGCGGUAUGGGAUGACGGAGAUUGGCAUGGCGCUUAGUUGUGGGCUGGAUGUUCAGCAGCGGGUCGAUGGUAGUGUUGGGUGGCCUUUGCCUGGGGUGGAGGUUCGGUUAACGGAGAAAGAAACAGGACGGGUUGUAGAGGACGUGGAUGAGGAUGGCAUGAUUGAGAUCAAGGGUGGGAAUGUCUUCCGUGAGUACUGGCGGAAGCCUGAGGCGACAGCAUCGGAGUUUACGUCGGAUGGAUGGUUCAAGACGGGAGAUGUGGCUCGGCGCGACUCGACUGGGGCGUACUUUAUUCAAGGCCGUGCAUCUGUCGAUCUGAUCAAGUCGGGUGGGUAUAAGAUCUCGGCAUUGGAGGUUGAGCGGAAGAUGUUGGCUCUGGAUGCUGUGGAAGAAGUCGCUGUGGUGGGCUUGGCAGAUCAGGAAUGGGGCCAGCGAGUCGCGGCGGUCGUCAAGUUCCGGGAUGGGGCUUCGCUCGAACUUCCUACUUUGCGUGCUGAGCUCAAGAAUGAGAUGGCGCCUUAUAAGAUCCCGACUGUUUUGAAGGUUGUCGACGGCAUUGAACGCAAUGCGAUGGGUAAGGUGAACAAGAAGGUCAUUGUACAGAAAUACUGGCCCGAGGCUUGA